AUUGAAGAAAUUAAAGAAGAAGGAGGAAAUGGGUCGGAGUCAUCAAUGUCUUCUGGAUGGACGGAAUAAGGGAGCAUGGACUAGUAAUGAGGAUAAGAUCCUUACAGAUUAUGUCAAGGUUCAUGGUGAAGGAAAAUGGAACAAUGUUGCCAAGAAAACAGGUCUUAAGAGAUCUGGAAAGAGCUGUAGGCUCCGGUGGAGGAACUACUUGAAACCUGAUAUAAAGAGAGGAAACAUUUCCAAUGACGAAGAAGAAUUGAUCAUUAGACUCCAUAAGCUCCUAGGCAACAGAUGGUCACUUAUAGCGGGGAGGCUUCCUGGCAGAACAGACAAUGAAAUCAAGAAUUACUGGAACACUACUCUAGCCAAAAGAGCAAAAGACUUUAAAAUGAAAGUUUGUACUCCGAUUGGCAAUGUUAAUGAGGUCCCUCGGACCAUGUGCAAUGCCAAUGUUAAACUUACAACUCAAGUUGUCCUCGUCGAUGCAGCAGUACAGUCCGAUGAAAAUCAGUAUUUUACUUAUAAUUUAUCAAUAGGACCAUCCACUGAAAACUACAUGUCCAGGAAAAUGGAGUACCAAUUCAAUGAUGCGUCGUCAUCUUCCUUGCCCCAAUUAAAAGAUCAUGACGAUGCAACAGAUUUCUUGAUGGACUUCAACGUAGACGAUGUUUGUAAGUUUUUGGAAACGGAAAUUGUACAGAUGAAUGAUGACAAAGUUUCCCCAAACGGCGGCGGCGAAGGAGGAGGAGAUGAGGGAGAUGGAGACUCGUCUUUUCUCAAGAAAUUGGCGGAGGCGGAGAAGGAAUCAUCCUUGGAUUUUCAGUCGUUGGCUUCUUCUUUCCUUGAAUCGGCUGAGGAAUGGCCGCCGAUUAGUCUGAAUAUAUUAGCAUUCAACCAGGAGAAAUGAACUGUAUUUGUUUGGUACGUGUUAAGAGAAUUAAGAUCCUACGUGUAUGUCUUAAGUAAAUUAUAUAUACUUUUGUAAUUUCAUGAUCUAGAGCUAAUUAAGCUCUAAGGUGGACUUAAUGGCGCCAGAGAUGUAAUAAUAAAGUGUUGAGUUCGCA